UAUCUUCUCGGAGCCCCGCCCGCAUACGAAACCUUCGAAGGCUUGAACUGGCGACUGACGAAUCUUUAAUGAGGCGACUGGCAUCUUCCAUCUGUGCUUCUUCUCCUCAAAUUCCCUCAGCCCCUUCACCUCAUUUGGAUUCUUUUCCAGUCUCACAUACGCUUCUGAUUGCUAUCCUUCCUGAGUUUCUCCCCAAAAUCAAUGGGGACACUUCUUAUUCUUCUUUUGCUUUCUGUUUUCUCGAAUCUGGGCACUUCUGGAGUUCAAUCUGCCAACGAUGGGUUUAUCUCCGCCGUCGUAUCUGAAAAAGGCCUCGUCUUCGCGAAGGAUUUCCUCGUUGAACAGGUGAUUCGAUCAUUGACUCCCCUUCACUUGCCGGAUAUCCAGAAGUCAGUGAAGAUUCCUCUUGUUGGGGGAGUUCAUGUUUCCGCCUCUAAUGUUACCCUUCACCACAUCAAUGUCUCUUCUUCAACCAUUCAUCCCGGGGAUACUGGUAUUGUGAUCGUUGCUUCGGGCGCCAGUGCUAGCUUGAGCCUGGAAUGGAGCUACUCAUACAGUACUUGGAUUUUUGUCCCUAUUGAGGUAUCUGAUGAAGGGAGCGCCUCUGUCCAGGUUGAAGGUUUGGAAGUUGGUCUCACUAUAAGAUUGGAAAACAAAAAUGGAACUCUGGCAUUAAAUGUUACAGAUUGCGGCUGUUACAUGGAAGAUAUACAAAUUACAUUGGAUGGAGGAGCUUCUUGGUUCUACCAAGGGUUUGCUAAUGCUUUUGAGAAUAACAUUAGAUCAGCUGUGGAAAAUGCUAUAACAAAAAAAAUUUUUGAGGGGACGGGAAAGCUAGACUCAUUUUUGCAGUCUCUACCAAAGCAAAUUGAUAUGGAUAAUAUUGCAGCAUUAAAUGUAACUUUUGUUGAUGACCCUGUGGUUGGAAAUUCUUCUAUUGAGUUCGAUGUUAAUGGCUUGUUUGUUCAAUCAACUAGAGACUUGACAGCGAGCUAUCUGCAUAAGCAUUCUCAUUCUAUUUAUUCAGUUCAAUGUGGCAAUACAUUAAAAAUGCUGGGGAUCUCACUGGAUGAAGCAGUCUUUGAUUCUGCAUCUUUGGUGUUAUUUGAGGAAGGAUUGUUUCAUUGGAUGGUUGACAAGGUUCCUGAUCAAUCUUUUUUAAAUACUGCCAACUGGAAGUUUAUUAUUCCUCAAUUGUACAGAAGGUACCCCAAUGAUGAAAUGCAGUUGAAUAUUUCUUUAUCCUCUGCUCCGGUGGUAGAGGUUACACAAAAAGGUUUUGCUGCUACCAUUUUCUCGGACAUUACAAUUGAAGUCUUAGAUAGUAACAAGACAAUUCCAGUGGCAUGCAUAUCUGUGGACUUCACUGUCUCAGGUGAUGUAAACAUAUCUGGGAAUAAACUAGUUAGUAGAGCUCGUCUAAAUGACUUCUCUCUAUCAUUGAAAUGGAGCAACAUUGGUAAUUUUCGAAUGAUUUUGAUUCAGGGUGUGAUGAGGGUUUUCCUGAACACUGUUGUUAUGCCUUAUGUAAAUAUUUACCUUGGUAAAGGAUUUUCCAUACCUGUUUUCCAUGGAUUUACUCUUCAAAAUGCCCAAUUAGUGACCACAAGCUCAAAAAUUACCCUCUGCUCAGAUUUAACUUACAUCAACUCCAACAUCAUCACAAAUUGAAAUUUUUUACAAUCAUGUACAAAUUGUUAAGUUGAAGAAUGUCUCUUCUCAUUCUGCAACUUGGUAGGAGCAUAUUUCCUGUACAGUUAGCACAAGAGUUAUCAUGUUUUGUUCAACUGGUAUGAAGCAUUGAAGCUUGAAUGAACUAUAAAUGUUUGUUUCACUUAUUUUUUUUUUACUGUGAAAAUCAGCUUAACAACCCUA